AUCAAAGUGGACGUGGUGGGGGUUCCUUGCUGAGGGGAGAAGGGGAACACAGGUGUGAAGUACUAGACAGAACACACUUCCUGGUCUUGGUCUCCUAUCAAAAUGUGAUGCAGACCCCAGUGUGUGGAGGAAGCCUUGGUUUUGGAGGUGUUUAUAGCCGAAGCCCUCUGGCUUUGAGGUCUCAUCUAUAAAAUGAGGGGCCUGGAUGCACCGACGGCUUCUGACCCCAUGCAGUUUGACUGGCAGCCUGGAUUCUGUGAGUCUAUCCAAACCUGCCGGUCUCCACCUUCCCCUGCCUUUGGGUCUGGAAGCAGCAGACGAGCGUUUUUUUUUUUUGCUGAGGGACUCUGCCCCAGGCAGCCUCUGCGUGGCUGUGACGUAGGCUCCGCCCCGCCUUCUUUGGGUAGUGACGUGAAGGCCACGCCCCCACACUUACGUCACUGGCCCGGUUCCCUCUCCCGGGAGCGUUGGCGGACGAGCGGCUCCCACCCCCUCCCCUCUCACCGACUCUUCCCCUCCCCGGUGCGGCGACCGCGGCCCGACCCUCUGCAAGGCGAUGGCCCGGGCCCCGAGUGCGGGCUAGCGUGCCUAGGUACCCCGGCCAUGGGCUGUAUUGGCUCUCGGAGCCCGGCGGGUCAGGCAUUUCUGGGGACCACCAGCUGGCUGAAGCUCAGGGACAGAGACGGCUGCUCCAGCUAAAGUGGCCUCGGACCCGGCUUGGGCUGUGGAGUGGAUCGAACUUCCUCGGGGCCUCUCUCUAUCUUCCUUGGGAUCUGCUCGGACCCUCCGAGGCUGGAGCCGGUCCUCUCGCCCUUCUUCCGUGGACAGCCAGGACUUGCCGGAGGUGAAUGUUGGAGACACAGUCGCGAUGCUGCCCAAGUCCCGGAGAGCCCUAACUAUCCAGGAGAUUGCUGCGCUGGCCAGAUCCUCCCUGCAUGGUAUUUCCCAGGUGGUGAAGGACCACGUGACCAAGCCCACUGCUAUGGCCCAGGGCCGAGUGGCUCACCUCAUUGAGUGGAAGGGCUGGAGCAAGCCCAGUGACUCUCCCACAGCCCUGGAAUCAGCCUUUUCCUCCUAUUCGGACCUCAGUGAGGGUGAACAAGAGGCUCGCUUUGCAGCAGGAGUGGCCGAGCAGUUUGCCAUUGCAGAAGCCAAGCUCCGGGCAUGGUCUUCGGUGGAUGGUGAGGACUCCACCGAUGAAUCCUAUGAUGAGGACUUUGUUGGGGGAACUGACUCAGACCUGGCUGGGCAGCUGCCCCUGGGGCCCCACCUCCAGGACCUCUUCACUGGCCACCGGUUCUCCCGGCCUAUGCGCCAGGGCUCCGUGGAACCUGAGAGCGACUGCUCGCAGACCGUGUCCCCAGAGACCCUGUGCUCCAGUCUGUGCAGCCUGGAGGACGGGUUGCUGGGCUCCCCAGCCCGCCUGGCUUCCCAGCUGCUGGGCGACGAGCUGCUCCUCGCCAAACUGCCCCCCAGCCGGGAAAGUGCCUUCCGCAGCCUGGGCCCAUUGGAGGCCCAGGACUCGCUCUACAACUCGCCCCUCACAGAGUCCUGCCUUUCUCCCGCCGAGGAGGAGCCAGCCCCCUGCAAGGACUGCCAGCCGCUCUGCCCGCCGCCAGCGGGCAGCUGGGAACGGCAGCGGCAAGCCUCUGACGUAGCUUCUUCUGGGGUGGUGUCCUUAGACGAGGAUGAGGUGGAGCCAGAGGAACAGUGACCCAAAUCAUGCCCGGUGGUGGCAUGUGUCCCCUGGCUGCUGCUGGGGGCAGAGCCUCUGCCCAGGCACGGGCGAGGCUUCCAGCAGAGCUCCACAGCCUGGAGGGCUCCUGGGAGCACUCACUUCUUCGUUGUGUGUUUGCAUGAAAGUGUUCAGAGGAGGCAGGGGCCAGGCUGGGGGCGCAUGUCCUGCCCCCACUCCGGGGGUUUGCCGGGGGUUGCCCGGGGCCCCUGGGGCAUGGCUACAGCUGUGGCAGACAGUGAUGUUCAUGUUCUUCAAUCAAAAACACCACAUACACAUUUCCUCCUCGGGUGAUGUGAACCCCUAAGGGGGUGGCUGUGACUGGGCUGUGUGGGGUAGAGUGGGAGGGAGACCUGCCUCCCCCGCCCUCCACCGCUUCUCUCUUCUCCGCUUUUCUCCUCACCUCUGAGUCCAUGUGCAGUGCUUGACAGAAUCACCCCUGCCCAGGGGGCUGGCUCUGGCCCUCCUGGAUCCUCUGGAUUGAGCCGUCCCCCAAGGGCCCCUUGCCCAGCUGGGCUCAUGCUGUGCUUCACCUCUCCAUCGUCUCUAAAUCUUGUUUUUCCUAAAGAGGGGUUUUGGUCUGUUCUUUCAGUCGGAUCUUCUCUGGGAGGCAUCAGGGCGACGAAAGCCUGUAUUCUUGGCCCUUUUCCUGCCCCCCCAGGGACUGGGCCCUGGAGGCUCCCAGCCCGUGGCUGCCCCAUUCACUCAGAGUUCUCUUUGGAGUAGAAUUGGAGGGAGGGGUGGCCCUGAUUACCACAGAGCUGUGAUUUGGAUGUUCUUCCAGAGAGGGCCACAAGGGGGCCACAUGGUGGCCGGGCAGUUGUCUGCAGGAAUUGUGCCAAGGAGUGACAGUCAUGAGGGAGCUCUCAGUGGGGAGGAAAGAGGGUGGUGCCUUUCUUGGCUGAAUGAAAGGCCAAAGCUACCUUACUGGGGGCCUGCACCCCAGCCAGGGUGCUGGUGAGCAAGCAGUGGCAGCCUCAGCAGAUCCUGCAUUCCAUGGACAGCAGGCUCUGGAGUUUUAUGGCCAUGGGGUGGGGCAGGGGGAGGGGUGUGUGUGUGGCUGCUGAAUUUGGCGCCUCGUAAGCUUUAGCAGUUGAGAGGGCCCAAGGUAAGAACAGAGCUGAUGGGCAGAGGCAUUCUAUAUAUAAGUGGCUCAUUAGGUGUUUAUUUUGUUCUAUUUAAGAAUUUGUUUUAUUAAAUUAAUAUAAAAAUCUUUGUAAAUCUC